AUAAGAGGCUCACACGCACACACACACACACACACACAAACACAUACUGCUCAGCACUUACAUAAACCUCACAUACAUACGUACAUACAUACACACAUCAUGUACUUGUGUUUAUUCUACACGUGUGUGUGUCUGUCUGUGUGUGCGAGUGUCACAUACGGCCUACGAGCGAGCCGGACGGAUGAGAGACAGAAGAGCCGCGCUGUGGCAGCAACAGCUGGAUUUAACACACCUGUACAUCCAGUGCCUAGUGCUCGGUGCCUGGUGAACGGGAUCUUCCUCUUUGAGGGAGCUGUUUGGUCUCCAGAUGCAUGCAACAUGUGCCAGUGUAGAAGCGGUGCAGUUCAGUGUUAUGGAGUGCCCUGCCUGAAAAUAGCUCUACCCUCCUCGAGGCUUCAGGACGGCCACCAGAAACGUGGAGUGAAGCUGGAGAAAACGAGUGGACCGGAGAAAGUCCGUCCACAGACCGGACAGAGGAAAGCAUCGAAAGGAAAGGUCACCGUGGAGGUCAAGCCGAAGACAGCGCGGAGACCGGUUAAAACCGUAAACCAGCCUCUACCUGCACAGAAGAAGCAUGCACCUCCACCUCCACCUCCACCGAAGACCAAACAGCAAGCACCUGAGGUACUUGGGGAUUUGCCCGUAGCCACUCCCCUUGACACCUUCCCAGAUGUAUUCGACUACGAUGACCACGAUGACGAUGACUAUCUGGAAGAUGCUAGCGACGCCGACGAGGAUGACGAGGAUGCCCCAGUCUUACACAACCGUCGCACCAAAACUUCCUCACUCAGCAGAACUGCUGCGUCUCUCGCCCGGAAGCCGACGAUACCUCUAUUCCAAAAGCCCCUCCCUCCUCCCCCGAGGCAACCCAAACUUUUAUCACCUAGUGGAGGUGUUAGAGCUGGAGGAGGUGUGGUUAGAGGCAGAGGGGGCGGAGCCGACGUCGUACCUCGUCCUGUUAUCCAUCCCUACACUUUUAUGGCGUCCCUCCCAGCGGGAUGUCUCCUGUCUGACGCUCUGAUCGCGUGCGGAAGCACCGGAUUAACCAGCAUGCCUCUCAUCAAAGACGCCGGCAUCCGAACACUUUACCUGGCAGAUAAUAAGAUCAGUAAGAUCCCGGUGCGAGCGCUGCAUGGCCUGCCCAAUCUGCAGUGGCUCGAUCUGAGCAAGAACAAACUGGAUGACACUUCACUGGGGCUGGACGUGUUCCGGAAUCUGACCAAACUGCGUCGUCUGAAUCUGGACGGGAACAAUCUGACCAAAAUCCCCCCGCUGCCGCCAUCACUGCUGGAGCUGAAGAUCAACGACAACAAACUGAGCGGACUCACACCUCACAGCUUUAAGGGUCUGUCCCAGCUGCUGACUCUGGAGCUGGAGGACAAUCAUUUCCAUGAUGGGAACGUGUCCCCGCUGGCGUUCAGGCCCCUCAAGAAUCUCAUUUACCUCCGACUGGAUGAUAACGACUUCAGAGCCAUUCCCUCCGGCCUGCCUGCAUCACUGAAGGAGCUGCAUCUGUCAGAUAACCGGAUCGAAGUGGUUCAUGCUGGACUCCUGAAUAAGACAGUAAACCUGCGAAUCUUAAAUCUGAGCCAUAAUAAAAUCCGAGAGGACCGAAUCGCCCCGAGAGCGUGGAUUCACCUGCGUAAGUUGGAGACGUUGGAUCUGUCCCAUAAUAAACUGGUUCACGUCCCGUCCUUCCUGCCGGUCGGUCUCGUCCAGCUCGCGCUACACCACAAUCAGAUCGAGAGAAUCCCGGGAUACGUUUUCGCUCACAUGCAGCCCGGCCUCGUCUCAAUCCACCUCUCAUACAACCGCCUGAGGGAGGACGGCAUCAACGAAGUGUCCUUCCUCGGUCUUCGACACUCCCUUAACGAGCUGCUGCUGGACCACAACCAACUUCGAGAGAUUCCUCGCGGGAUAGUCCAACUCCGCGCCCUCCACGUCCUCCGCCUCAACCACAAUUACAUCAGCUCGGUACCCAUGAACGCUCUGUGUGACAUCACCGCCCGUGACGACUCCCCCCUGCUCUCCAUUCACCUGCAGAAUAACCUGAUUGAUCGGCGUUUAAUCCCGCCCACUGCACUCACCUGUAUUAAAGAGUACAGCAGCGUCAUCCUGCAUCCUCAGAGACACGAACAGAUCUACGAGUGAGCACACACUCACCCUCAGCUCUUAUCCCAAAUACAUUCACGUAUCGAACCGAGCGACAGGUGACAACAGGACCUAGGAGGCGGGGUCAUUCCAUCGCCGUGACAACAGAAGUUAUUUACAUGACGAUAUUAAUGCAGUAAUGAUCUCUAUUUUUAAAGUGUGUUUCAUUACCAGUCCAAAAUCUCCGAGCGCAUCAUCGUAGCCGUAUUCCGAUUUUCAUUUAAACGUGUUAAACGUGUUAAUCUGAUUAUAAACAAAAAAAUCUUCUUUUUAAAAAAAACAAUAAAACAGACUUUCACAGACCAGUUGAACAAAUCUUUUUUUAAAGGAAUUACUUUUAGAAACAUGUGUAAUUAAGAAUUACUCAAAAAAUGUUAAGUCAAAGCUAGCGAGACGUGCGUGACGUGCGAGACGUGAGUGACGUGCGUGACGUGCGUGACGUGCGUGAGAUCAACCGCGAACUGAAGCUACAGAGACUCGGCGUCUGUUCGCUGAAUUUUAAGUUCAAGAAAAGCAUUUUUAAAAAAUUAUUUAGUGGUGUUAUUUACAUAUUUAUUGUUAUUAGAUGUUAAAUAAAACUGCUUUAAAAGUCACGGGCUAACUCUCUCAGAGGAAAAUAUUUCUUGUAAUCGUGUACUCGCGUAUAUUUAACACUGUAGUUUGGGUCAGUGAAUAAUACGACCUACAGUCCAUAUGUGAAUUUAAUCCAGUUUUGCUUUUCAGUGCCUCGCUUUUCUAAUGACCUUAAAGCCCUAACCUUCCCUGAACCUUUCCCUCCCCUGAACCUUUCCCUCCCCUGAACCUUUCCCUCCCCUGAACCUUUCUCUUCCCUGAACCUUUCCCUACCCUGAACCUUUCCCUACCCUGAACCUUUCCCUCCCAUGAACCUUUCCCUCCCCUGAACCUUUCCCUCCCAUGAACCUUUCCCUCCCCUGAACCUUUCUCUUCCCUGAACCUUUCCCUCCCCUGAACCUUUCCCUACCCUGAACCUUUCCCUCCCCUGAACCUUUCUCUUCCCUGAACCUUUCUCUUCCCUGAACCUUUCUCUUCCCUGAACCUUUCCCUCCCCUGAACCUUUCCCUCCCCUGAACCUUUCCCUACCCUGAACCUUUCCCUACCCUGAACCUUUCCCUUCCCUGAACCUUUCCCUCCCCUGAACCUUUCCCUCCCCUGAACCUUUCCCUACCCUGAACCUUUCCCUUCCCUGAACCUUUCCCUACCCUGAACCUUUCCCUACCCUGAACCUUUCCUUUCCCUGAACCUUUCCCUCCCAUGAACCUUUCCCUCCCCUGAACCUUUCUCUUCCCUGAACCUUUCCCUACCCUGAACCUUUCCCUACCCUGAACCUUUCCCUCCCCUGAACCUUUCCCUACCCUGAACCUUUCCCUCCCCUGAACCUUUCCUUUCCCUGAACCUUUCCCUUCCCUGAACCUUUCCCUACCCUGAACCUUUCCCUCCCAUGAACCUUUCCCUCCCCUGAACCUUUCCCUCCCAUGAACCUUUCCCUCCCCUGAACCUUUCCCUACCCUGAACCUUUCCCUCCCCUGAACCUUUCUCUUCCCUGAACCUUUCCCUCCCCUGAACCUUUCCCUCCCCUGAACCUUUCUCUUCCCUGAACCUUUCCCUCCCCUGAACCUUUCCCUACCCUGAACCUUUCCCUCCCCUGAACCUUUCUCUUCCCUGAACCUUUCUCUUCCCUGAACCUUUCUCUUCCCUGAACCUUUCCCUCCCCUGAACCUUUCCCUUCCCUGAACCUUUCCCUACCCUGAACCUUUCCCUACCCUGAACCUUUCCUUUCCCUGAACCUUUCCCUCCCAUGAACCUUUCCCUACCCUGAACCUUUCCCUACCCUGAACCUUUCCCUCCCAUGAACCUUUCCUUUCCCUGAACCUUUCCCUCCCCUGAACCUUUCCCUACCCUGAACCUUUCCCUACCCUGAACCUUUCCCUCCCAUGAACCUUUCCUUUCCCUGAACCUUUCCCUACCCUGAACCUUUCCUUUCCCUGAACCUUUCUCUUCCCUGCUGCAUUUAUCUCCUGUUUCACAGCAAAUGCUUUCAUUCGUUUAUUCUAACCUGUGGUUUAUAACCAUGUUUAAAGAUUCUUACAUGAUAACACACUGUAUAUUACAGAUAUUAUUCAGAUGUUUGCUGUGAUAGACUGUGUGUAUGUAUGUGUGUGUAUGUAUGUGUGUAUGUAUGUGUGUGUGUGUGUGUGUGUGUUUAUGCGUAUAACGUGUGCGUUCAGUAUUACCUUCUUUCGUUGUGUGCUAAGGUUUAAGAGUUAAGUUAGUUUAUCUGCAUUCUGCUUUAACGUGGCUUGGCUACGUGUGUGUGUGUGUGUUUGUUUGUGUGUGUGUUUAUGUUUGUGUACUAUGGUCUGUUGUUACGAUGUACUAAAUAAAGUUUCAGACAUUGCAGAAUG